AUCCGUCCUUGUCAUAAAGUGAUACCACCCAAGCCAUCGACUCCUUCCAUCCUCUACCAUGUGGGCCAUUCCUAUCAAGUGACGUGCUUUUCAAAAUGGCUGACUGACCUAAUUAAAUCAAAAACAUUACCAUAUUUCAAUUUUGUCAACUUUCAAAUCUGAAAUUGUGUAACAAAGAUUUACAAAAUUAUAUAUAUAGAUUUUUUUUUUUACCAGUGGCUUUGAAAAAACAAACAAAUGUGGAUGUCUUCAUCUGAUUGAUGUGCCUGUGAUUUCUGUUUGAAAUAUCUUUGACUUGUGUGGCGUGGAUAAUUCUUUGUAUGAUUAAAUCUUGUCGUAAUGGCGAACACAUUUCUCAUCUUUCUCAGUGUUUCUUCGAUUGCAUUUCUUUCUUUUGGUGAGUCUAAAUGGCGUCAUAUAAAUAUUACUGAUUUUAACAGAAAAUAAGACAAGAGUCUGUUUAAUGAUCUCACAGUUCUUUUAAAAUGAAGCAAGAUUUCAAUUUGAAAUGUUUCAAUCAGGGCACGGCACUACUACAAGAACAAGAACAAAUAUAUCCGAUUAACAAACGAAUAAAUUAAAAUAUAUUCUUGGUAUGUUUACAAUGUUAAAUGAAAUAAACCGUUUAACACAACUAUAUUUUAUACCUUACUUAAACACAUUUAUUUGUAUCUUAAACACAUAUAUUUGUAUCUUAAACACAUUUAUUUGUAUUACUUAAACACAUUGACAUGUAUCUUAAACACAUUAACUUGUAACUUAAACACAUUUGCGAUUACUAACCUUUGGUUGACCCUUUCAUGCCCCCCCCCUUUUCUCUUUUGUGACAGUCUCCUGUCAAGACCCCGAGAUUGUCAAUGACAUUCUGCCUGAGAUCAAGCGGGUUGGGAUGACAGCUAUGUUGAACUGUACGGUGGCAAGGCUUGGUGGCAACUCUGUGAGUGGUGGCAGCCAAUGACAAAUAACGAUGGCAUCUAGUGAUAUCAAGUCAAUGACAAAUUAAGAUGACAUCUAAUGACAUAAAAUAGUAAUUAAUGUUACUCUAAUCUUGUUCAUAGCUUAUUGUAGAUAUAUUUCAAAAACUAGGCAAAAUGCAUUUUCCACCCUGACUUCUCAUGUUGAAAAUAGGUCUAAAGGUUACAUGAAAGUAGGUCUCAAUUUCACAUAAAAGUAGGUCUCAAUGCUAGAUGAAAAUAGAUGUCAAUAACACAUGAAAAUAGGUCUCAAUGCUAGAUAAUAGUAUAUCUUAUUGUCAAAUGAAAGUAUUUCUCCAUGCUACAUGAAAUUAGGUCUCCAUGCCACCUGAAAGGAGGUAACAUGACACAACGAAUUAGCUUACAAUAUGAAGAACUAGAUGUAUCACGCGAAACAUUUGCGAUAGCAAUGUGUGAACUUCCCAUCUCGUAAAGUUACUUGACAAAACAUGAACUCAAGUAACGCACAUUUAAAAGAAUCCCAAUAUUUGCUACACCCAUUCCCCCAUGAUACGUCACUGCACAAUUUUUUUUCCACGCCCAUGAACUAUAUUAAAUAUUCUGAUGUCCCCACCACUUUUAAACCGAAUAUUUUUUACACAAUACUUAAAUUGAGACGAUUUCAUUUACGAAAAGAAAAUAUUACGCACCAAACGUAAUUUCGUUAAUAUAUAUAUAUAUAUAUAUAUAUAUCAUUUAGCGUAGUUAUCGGGAAUUAUAUUUUGCGCGCUAGGGAACUCAUGAUUGAACCACACUCUGGUGUAUCUAUAAAUAGCCUGCGUCUUGUUUGACCCAUCUUGUUUGACCUUUGCUUGCGAAUUAUAUAUAUAGAUAUGUAGUAUAUCAAAUUUAAAAAAAAUAUUGCUAUAUUUUGAAUGUAUUUGAUUAUUUAAGUUUCAAGGAUGAUUGCUUUGGUAUUUGUAAAACAAGUUUCUGUAUCUGAAAUGUUACAUAUGUCAACAUACCCCAAUAUAUCUAGCAUUAAAAGUAUGUCCAUUAAUUUAUCUCACACUAACAAUUAAUAAGUUAAUGUAUCUGCCACUGCCAAUAAUUAUAUUUAUUGCUCUCACCUUGCCAACACUCACAGGUGCAAUGGGCAUUCAAUGGCUCAGGUGUUGAACAGGUAUUGAGUAAAAAUGAAGAUAUCUUAGUCCAGAACCCAAGGAAGGGAGGAGUCGCAGCUUAUAAAGUACUCCGUCUGAAACAAGCAGGGGACAGAACUACGUUUGUCUUGGUCAUCAGCCGGCUGAGACCAGAACAUUCCGGAGUCUACCAGUGUACGAUUGCCAUCACUAACAAGGGGUACGAACAUUGGACCAAGAAGAAUGGCUACCUGACAGUACUACGUGAGUCUAUCAUUGAACACUGGCUAUCUGACUGUACUACUUGAGUCUUUCAUUGAAUCCUGGCUAUCUGGCUGUACUAAGUCAGUCUAUCAUUGAACACUGGCUAUCUGGCUGUACUAUGUCAGUCUAUCAUUGAAUACUGCCUAUCUGGCUGUACUAAGUCACUGUCCAUGAAUUCAAGUUUAGCAGACCCUGUUCUUAGCUUUCAUUGAAUACUGGCGGUUUGGGGAUUGUGUGACUUGGUGUGGGAGUACGUGUGUAUGUUUGUGUGUGUGGAGGUGUAAUGAGUGUAUGUGUAGAGGUGUAAGAAGUGUAUGUGUAGAGGUGUAAUGAGUGUGUGUGUGGAGGUGUAAUGAGUUGUUUGUGGAGGUGUAAUGAGUGUGUAUGUGUAGAGGUGUAAUGAAUGUGUGUAUGUGGAGGUGUAAUGAGUGUGUUUAGAGGUGUAAUGAGUUUGUGUGUAGAGGUAUAAUGAGUUUGUGUGUGGAGGUGUAAUGAGUGUGUGUGUAGAGGUGUAAUGAGUGUGUGUGUAGAGGUGUAAUGAGUGUGUGUGUGGAGGUGUAAUGAGUGUGUGUGUAGAGGUGUAAUGAGUGUGUGUGUAGAGGUGUAAUGAGUGUGGGUGUGGAGGUGUAAUGAGUGUGUGUGUAGAGGUAUAAUGAGUUUGUGUGUGGAGGUGUAAUGAGUGUGUGUGUAGAGGUGUAAUGAGUGUGUGUGUGGAGGUGUAAGGUGUGUGUGUGUGUGUCGAGGGGUAGUGAGUGUAUGUGUAGAGGUGUAAUGAGUGUGUGUGUGGGGGUGUAAGGUGUGUGUGUGUAGUGUGUGUGGGGAGGUGUAAUGAGUGUGUGUGUAGAGGUGUAAUGAGUGUGUGUGUAGAGGUGUAAUGAGUGUGUGUGUGGAGGUGUAAUGAGUGUGUGUGUAGAGGUAUAAUGAGUUUGUGUGUGGAGGUGUAAUGAGUGUGUGUGUAGAGGUGUAAUGAGUGUGUGUGUGGAGGUGUAAUGUGUGUGUGUGUGUGUAGAGGUGUAAUGAGUGUGUGUGUAGAGGUGUAAUGAGUGUGUGUGUGGAGGUGUAAUGAGUGUGUGUGUGUGUAGAGGUGUAAUGAGUGUGUGUGUAGAGGUGUAAUGAGUGUGGAUGUGGAGGUGUAAUGAGUGUGUGUGUAGAGGUGUAAUGAGUGUGUGUGUGGAGGUGUAAUGAGUGUGUAUGUAGAGGUGUAAUGAGUGUGUGUGUGGAGGUGUGUAGUAGAAAAUGGCCGUGGUUGACGUUCAUUGCAGGAUUGCAUCACUUGUGGUAAGGUGUGCUUGUGUUUUGUUUUCAAUAUAUGUUUUCAGUUGUAUUUGUAGGAUAUGUUUUUAUUUUUUUGGAGGAUAUAGUUGUUGAUUCGUUAGGAUAAUAUGUUUGUAGCUUUGUUUGUUUCGGUCACUUCCCUCUUUCUACCCUCUCGGAUCUUACAUUUCAGCUGUGUUAUUUUUAAAAUUUAAUUAUGUUUUUACUGUUGUUUGCUGAUGAAGGCUUUUUGCCGACACGUACUUUUUUUGUUUGUUUGGUUUUCUUUGCAUAGUUUUUUGCAUAGUUUUUUCCCCGAUUUUCACAUACUUUCUUUCAUUCACUUCUUUGUUUGUAAAACAUGUUUGUAGUUAAGUUUGUAGAGUUGUAUGAUGUCAGGAAAGACUCGAACUGUGUUUAAAAGUUACGUUUUAAAUUAGGAUGCACAUUCCUAGCGUUAUUUAAAUAUUUUAUUGUGAAGUAACAAACAGUAGAGGUUGAUUAUAGUGUGACACUGGCGUAAUUUCUUAAGAAACAGUAGAGUGCAUUACAGUGUGACACUGGCGUAAGGUCUUUUUUUAAAUGGAAAUCUUUGCGUGAACUGAAGCUGAUUUUCUGGUGAUUCCGUAAAGUAAUAAUUGAUGCAAAGACAAAAGUUUGUAUUGUCCAUUUUGCGGUUGGAAGUAUCAUUCCUGGUUGUUCAGGGAACAGCAAGAAGCAAGGUGCAGAAAAAUCUGAUUUUUAUUUCUUUGACUGACAAUAACCUCUUGUUUCUGUUUGACUUGACAGAGCCACCCAUCAUAUGACAUGGCUCCACAUAACCUCUUGUUUCUGUUUGACUUGACAGAGCCACCCAUCAUAUGACAUGGCUCCACAUAACCUCUUGUUUCUGUUUGACUUGACAGAGCCACCCAUCAUAUGACAUGGCUCCACAUAACCUCUUGUUUCUGUUUGACUUGACAGAGCCACCCAUCAUAUGACAUGGCUCCACAUAACCUCUUGUUUCUGUUUGACUUGACAGAGCCACCCAUCAUAUGACAUGGCUCCACAUAACCUCUUGUUUCUGUUUGACUUGACAGAGCCACCCAUCAUAUGACAUGGCUCCACAUAACCUCUUGUUUCUGUUUGACUUGACAGAGCCACCCAUCAUAUGACAUGGCUCCACAUAACCUCUUGUUUCUGUUUGACUUGACAGAGCCACCCAUCAUAUGACAUGGCUCCACAUAACCUCUUGUUUCUGUUUGACUUGACAGAGCCACCCAUCAUAUGACAUGGCUCCACAUAACCUCUUGUUUCUGUUUGACUUGACAGAGCCACCCAUCAUAUGACAUGGCUCCACAUAACCUCUUGUUUCUGUUUGACUUGACAGAGCCACCCAUCAUAUGACAUGGCUCCACAUAACCUCUUGUUUCUGUUUGACUUGACAGAGCCACCCAUCAUAUGACAUGGCUCCACAUAACCUCUUGUUUCUGUUUGACUUGACAGAGCCACCCAUCAUAUGGCAUGGCUCCACAUAACCUCUUGUUUCUGUUUGACUUGACAGAGCCACCCAUCAUAUGGCAUGGCUCCACAUAACCUCUUGUUUCUGUUUGACUUGACAGAGCCACCCAUCAUAAGACCGGGCUCAACAGACUCGGUCAAGAUGAUUGAGAAGGGAGGCAAUACCAGCAUCACGUGUGACGCCUUUGGGGUGCCUUUCCCUAACAUCACCUGGGUUCGAUCGGACGGGAAGCUCUUGCCUAACGGGAAGGCCAUGUUCAGAGUGAGUUGUCGGACUUCUUUCUUUCGUUCCUUAAGUUCUUACGAUGCACUUUCAAGGGGCAUAAGCAAGCUAUUGUUACUCAAAACAUUGAUCUCAUUCGAAAGAAUGAACAACAACAAUAAAAACAACAAUAACAUAGUCAUACCAGGUCUUGUGGAUGUUAUUUAUAUGAAUAGUCAACCUAGAUUUCUCCAGCUGUUAUUUUAAACACCCAUGUACAGCAAUGAGUUGUCUCUCCAUGACAGGGCAGGACGCUGGCCAUAAUGUCGGCUGACGUCAAGUUUGCAGGUGUGUACAGGUGUGUGGCUGACAACAACGUCAAACCACCUGCAGAAUCCCUGACGCAGGUAGGAGACGCCCCUUGGAUUGGGGGAUUUAUCAUUUGAUCUUUAAUUCGGGGCAGGUGCGAAAUAUGAAAUUACAUGACAAAAUUAAGAUUUACAAUUUCAUUACGUCACGAACUUUGGAUUCAAACUAUAUUUAACAAUCCCGGCCCAUAGAGAAUAAUAUUUGUUGAAAAAAAAAUUAAUAUUAUGUUUUAUAUGACGUCAUAGGUUUAUGUGUUCCAAGAACCAACAGUCCGAGUCCUGCAGAAUUCUGUUGGUCAGUUCGCCAAUGGCCGCCUGGAUGCCAAGUUGGACUGCAUUGUUCAAGGUGGGUCGUCUCAAUGAACAUUGUUCUAGCUGGGUUGCAUUAGGACUUAGAACACACGAUGGGACAUGUUUUAUACAUAUAUGGAACGUCUUACAGUAAAUUGUUUAAAAUUAGUGAUCUUAGAAUACAUUGUUCAAGGUGGGUUGUCUCAAAGAACAUUGUUCAAGUUGGGUUGUCUCAAAGAACAUUGUUCAAGGUGGGUUGUCUCAAAGAACAUUGUUCAAGUUGGGUUGUCUCAAAGAACAUUGUUCAAGUUGGGGUGUCUCAAAGAACAUUGUUCAAGUUGGCUUGUCUCAAAGAACAUUGUUAAAGGUGGGUUGUCUCAAAGAACAUUGUUCAAGGUGGGUUGUCUCAAAGAACAUUGUUCAAGGUGGGUUGUCUCAAAGAACAUUGUUCAAGGUGGGUUGUCUCAAAGAACAUUGUUCAAGGUGGGUUGUCUCAAAGAACAUUGUUCAAGGUGGGUUGUCUCAAAGAACAUUGUUCAAGGUGGGUUGUCUCAAAGAACAUUGUUUAAGGUGGGUUGUCUCAAAAAACAUUGUUCAAGGUGGGAAGUCUCAAAAAACAUUGUUCAACGUGGGUUGUAUAAAUUGAUGUAUGAAUUGAUCUAUAAAUUGAUGUUUAAAAUGAUGAUUGAAUUGAUGCAUGAAGUGAUGCAUGAAGUGGUGCAUGAAGUGGUGCAUGAAGUGGUGCAUGAAGUGAUGCAUGAAGUGAUGCAUGAAGUGAUGCAUGAAGUGAUGCAUGAAGUGAUGCAUGAAGUGGUGCAUGAAGUGAUGCAUGAAGUGGUGCAUGAAGUGGUGCAUGAAGUGGUGCAUGAAGUGAUGCAUGAAGUGGUGCAUGAAGUGAUGCAUGAAGUGAUGCAUGAAGUGGUGCAUGAAGUGAUGCAUGAUGCAUGAAGUGAUGCAUGAAGUGGUGCAUGAAGUGGUGCAUGAAGUGGUGCAUGAAGUGAUGCAUGAAGUGGUGCAUGAAGUGAUGCAUGAAGUGAUGCAUGAAGUGGUGCAUGAAGUGAUGCAUGAAGUGAUGCAUGAAGUGAUGCAUGAAGUGGUGCAUGAAGUGGUGCAUGAAGUGGUGCAUGAAGUGAUGCAUGAAGUGGUGCAUGAAGUGAUGCAUGAAGUGAUGCAUGAAGUGGUGCAUGAAGUGAUGCAUGAAGUGAUGCAUGAAGUGGUGCAUGAAGUGGUGCAUGAAGUGGUGCAUGAAGUGAUGCAUGAAGUGAUGCAUGAAGUGAUGCAUGAAGUGAUGCAUGAAGUGAUGCAUGAAGUGAUGCAUGAAGUGAUGCAUGAAGUGGUGUAUGAAGUGGUGCAUGAAGUGGUGCAUGAAGUGAUGCAUGAAGUGAUGCAUGAAGUGAUGCAUGAAGUGAUGCAUGAAGUGAUGCAUGAAGUGGUGCAUGAAGUGAUGCAUGAAGUGAUGCAUGAAGUGGUGCAUGAAGUGGUGCAUGAAGUGGUGCAUGAAGUGGUGCAUGAAGUGAUGAUUGUUUCUUCUUAGAAGCUCCGGCAUUAAAUGCUACUGCCUGGUGCAUGUUUUUGGUUGACUUUCUAUUUUCAUGAGGAAUGAUUUGGUUUGAUCUGUUGACAAUGGUCAAUGGUUCUCAUUUUGUACUCUAUUUUUUAAACAAAUCAACCCAUGACCCCGAUAGGUUACCCCACCCCCAUGGUAUACUGGAUGAUCAAAAACAGGGAGGAGCGGACAGUCCUGACUGACAGCGACAAGUACGAGACAACCAAACAGGUUUGUUGCAUUAUUCAAAUAAUCUUAUUUUUACAACUGUUUUAUUCGACCAUGAAAGUAUAAGAUACAUUUGACUUAUUGUCUAAGCAUAUGAUACAUUUGAUUUCUUGUCUAACUGUAUGAUACAUUUGACUUAUUGUCUAAGCAUAUGAUACAUUUGACUUCUUGUCUAAUCGUGUCAGUGAUGUUACAUGAGGAAAUGAUUUUGUUACUCCAAACAAAUAUAAUGUGUUUACUCAUUGCUUUCUGUGACUUAAACCUGUGUUCAGGCGACAGAUACCCAAAACCUACUGAACGGUGAGCAGUGGUACACACUCAAAAUUCGUUACGUCCAAGCCUUGGACUACAGAGACUAUUACUGUGUCGGAAUCAAUAGUAAGGGAGAGGGAAACGCCACUGUCAAUCUGUUCUGUAAGCAAAUCUCAUUGAUAUCCUCCAUUAAAUUCAUACAUAACAUAACUUUUUAAAACAUAAGUUUUAGUUCAUUAGAUAAUUUUAAAAAACAUUGCAUCACCAGUUUGAGGACCUCACAGCUGAAUGACAUAGCCAUAUUCAUCCUUUCAUUAUUACAGCCACCUGGGACUGCCAAGGGCCGCUAUGCUACUCUCUUGAUCCCAGCGGACGCGGCGGUGCAGAUAUUUCGAGGUUACCUCCCCUUAUCACCUGGCUGCUAGUCCUGCACUCGGUUGUCCCCAAUCUGUUGUAUUAGUUGCCAUGACUACACCGUGUAAGAGAUCCCUCUAUAUCAACACUUCACUAUGUAUAUACAAACGUCAUAUCACUACACAUUAUAACUCUGAGCAUGUGUAUUUAAUUUCACUUCGUAUGCACUUUUCAUAUCAAUAAUUAAAUCAUGUACACAAUUGUUACAUCAAUAAUUAAAUCAUGUAGACAAUUUUUAUAUCAAUUAAAUCAUGUACACAAUUGUUAUAUCAAUAAUUUAAUCACGUACACUAUUUUUCUGUAUAAAGUUGACUUAACAGGCAAACAGAGUUGACUCUAUUCCUCAGUUCAAUUCGUGCAACCUAAUAUUGUAAACCAUCUGUCACAUAUCACGUGAUGGCAAAUGACGUUUUUGUAGAUAAUUUAAACGUCAUUUUUUUACGUGGCCCACUUACUGCUUCUCUUUUGUAUUUUGACGUCUUAAUAAUAUGGUCAUUAGUGUCAUAGAAUCUGUCGAAAUGUCAUUAGUGUAAUAGAAUAUGUCAAAUUGUCAUUAGUGUCAUAAAAUCUAUCAAAUUGUCAUUAGUGUCAUCGACACUGUCAGAGUGUCAUGUCUAUGUCAAUGUUUAUUCUGAUAUGGUUUCAAGUGAACGAGAACACAAUGAUUUUUUAUUUACUUUAUUUUUAAACUAAAUCCGGCAGCAUGGGCGUCGGCAGUAGGGGUCAAGGUUAAUAACAUCCCCCCCCCCCCCCACACCCCACCCCCAAAUCCCAUGAGAACAUUCCUGCGGGCGAUUUUUUUAAUUUUUCAAAUUAAUUAUCAUGUAUUUUAACAUUAUAUUUUAUCCAUGUUUUGUAUCUCUGUAUUUGUAUUCAUGUAUUGCAUCCAUUUUUAGUAUAUAUGUAUUUCAUCUGUGUAAGGUAUCUAUUUAUUGUAUCCAUACAUUGUAUUUAUGUAUUGUAACAAGGUGUUUUAUACACGUAUGUGUGUAUGUUAUUUAUGUAUUGUAUGCAUGUGUUGUAUCCAUGUAUUGUAUCCAUGUAUUUGUAUUUUAGUAUUAUUUCCAAAACCAAAGAUCUAUGCAUGUGAAUUCAAUUUUCAUGUUAUCUGAAUAUACUAGCAGAUAGCACCCGAUGUUACCAGGAUUAAAAUGUAAGACAUAUUGCGUACCCUCUAAAUAUCUGUCUUUGACCCAUGUAACUUGCGCGGGUUAUGGUGUAUUGUAUCCUCAAAAAUAUGACGACAAUUUUCUAAGCCAUUGAAAUGUCGAUUUAGGAACUAGUCAAUUCAGAUUUUCUAUUUUCUUAAGAAGUUUCUUUGACUAGAUGUUUUCGUUUCUAACAUCAAUGGACGUUUUAAAAAAAAAAUGUACACCUGCUCUAUUUAGCGCUACCAACCCUUUUACACGCCUGAAAUUUUUUUUAAAAAAUCUAAAAAUACAAUUUUGAAUAUCUGUAACAUUAAAAGUACAUUGAUGGACUGGUACCGUCAUUAAACAUUUACCAACUCUUUUUCAUCGCUCCUGAUCUCUAUUGUCGGAAAAUUGUAAACAUACAAUCAUUCUAUCCACAGAAAAUAUCUUAACCAAUGUUCUAGUCUGUAACAGCCAUGUUUUGUUUUCAAAGAAAUCUAAUCAUUAAUCACAUAAUGCUUCACCUUCACUUUUUCAUGAAAUUCAUUUUGCGCUAAGUGAAGAAAUAAAAAUAUUCUUAUUUUCUCAGAAA